CUCAUUAUAGAUGUUUACAGGAAUUUUUGUUGCCUAUAUGCUACAAAUGGUUUGUUCCUAACGAAACCUGCAACAAUUCCUGUCAAACUGGGCUCUUCGAACAAGUAAGAUUGUGCUGAUUACUGUGGCCAUAAUCUGCAAAGGGCAUUUGUAAAAAAUGACUGAGGAGACCGCUGGUGCUGGUACAACUCCUGGAGGUACCGUAAUCGGAUCAGCUUCAAAUGAAUCGCAGAAUGUCUUCGAAAAAGAGCUUCCAUCCGAAGGUUGCUCUCCGGCGCCAUCCAAUUGCUCAUUCAUUAGCGAGCAGGAAAUUCCGGAAUCAAGUUUUCUCCACCGUCAAUCACCAUUUUUGCCGCUAAGUCAAGCUUCUCCAAGUGCAUUCACGUCAUUUCCAUUGCGACCAGAUUUCUUGAACACUUCUGUGGCUGAUUCUGAAACGUCCUCACGCUCAUCUCUCGACGGGUCCUUUUUAUCGAAAGAUUCUACGGAAUGUACCGAGAAGUUCAGAGCGCGUCGAUCUGUGCGCAAAUUGUCGUCAUCCUCAAGUGACUCGGAUGGAAGUGAGCUAACUGUAGGUGGCGGCUCAAUAGAUGGAGACGAACCAAUUCUGAGAAAGCUGAGCAAGUCCAAGGUGUGA